UAAUAAUAAUGGUUUAGGUGAUGGAGCAGAAUUCUAAAAUAGUGAUUUACCAUCACCUUAUGAUGUACCAAUGCCAGAAAAGAAUUUAAUAUCUGACAAAGAAAAAGAAGAAAUAAGAGAUUGGUUACUAUAGUUAUCUGUUAAUCAAAAUUAAGAACCAGUAUUACCAACUAGACCAUGUGAUUGUGGAUAUUAAAUAUAUGAUGCAUCAUUAAAGUAAUUAUAUAAAUAUAAUUAUUUAGAUGCUUUAAAUGUAAGUAAACAUGGGAGCCUUGUAUUAUAACUGGUAUGCCACUUCUUAAAAAUUAAAUAAUUAAUUGUUAAUCUUGUGGAAAAGGGGCACUCAAAGAUGCAUGGAAUACAUAUUUAUAAGCAUAUCCAACCUGUCCAUGGUGUAAUAAACAUGCAAAAUGAUAUCAUAAAAUAAG